ACGUUUGUUUUCUUCAAGGCUGGUUGGUGUUAGAAGCUUUUCGCCACCCAGAAAUGUGGUCACGUGAUACGUCAACUUUCACCUAGGAUAUUUAUUGCCUGACUUCCCCUUAGCAACAGAGUGGCGGGCUUGGUUACCCAGCAACCAACCAAGAGACGCGUCCACUUCAAGGAGAGUCCUUAGAAAGGAAACCUGGACUUUUGUCCCAUGAAGAGGCUACCUGGUUGAUUUGCAAAGCAGUUUUCUGCUGUUUCUCCACAUCCUACCUCUGGUCUUCACCAAGGACACUGUCAUCAGAGCAAAGGAAAAGUCUGUGAAAGAAGAACUCAACUUCUCAGGGAAGAUGAACCGGCCGUAUGACUCAAUGGACCCGAAGGUGAUGGACGAUGACAUGCUCAAGGCAGCUGUUGGGGAGCAAGGCCCCCAGGAGGAGGCUGGGCAGCUAGCCAAGCAGGAGGGCAUCCUCUUCAAAGACGUCAUAUCCCUGCAACUGGACUUCCAAAACAUCCUCCGCAUAGAUAACCUCUGGCAGUUUGAGAACCUGCAGAAGCUGCAGCUGAACAACAACAUCAUCGAGAGAAUCGAGGGCCUGGAAAACCUCACGCACCUGGUCUGGCUGGAUUUGUCCUUCAACAACAUAGAGGCCAUUGAGGGGCUGGAUACCCUGGUCAACCUGGAGGACCUCAGCUUGUCCAACAACCGGAUCUCCAAGAUGGACUCUUUAGAUGCCCUGGUGAAGCUGCAAGUGCUGUCACUGGGCAACAACCAGAUUAGCAACAUAAUGAAUGUUAUCUACCUGCGCCGGUUCCCAUGCCUGCGAACACUCAGCCUCUCUGGGAACCCCAUUGCCGAGGCAGAGGAGUACAAGAUGUUCAUCUAUGCCUAUCUUCCUGACCUCGUGUACCUGGACUUCCGGCACAUUGAUGAGCAGGUGAAAGAGAUGGCGAAGAUAAAGCAUCAGUAUAGCAUUGAUGAGCUGAAGCACCGGGAGGCACAGAUGCAGGCCCGGCUGGAGGCCGAGAAGGCCCAGCAGGAAAAGCUGGCGGAGCACAAGAUGGCGUUCAUCGACCACUUGGAUGGCUCCUUCCUGUUUGACAGCAUGUAUUCCGAGGAUGUGGAGGGCAACAAGCUGUCCUACCUGCCUGGUGUUGGUGAGCUCCUUGAGACCUACAAGGACAAAUUUGUCAUCAUCUGCCUGAACAUUUUCGAGUAUGGCCUCAAGCAGCAGGAGAAGAGAAAGGCAGAGUUGGACACUUUCAACGAGUGCAUACAGGAGGCCAUCCAGGAGAACCAGAACCAGGGCAAGCUCAAGGUUGCCAAGUUUGAGGAAAAGCAUCUGCUGAAUGUGAAUGCCAUCCGAGAAGAGAGUGAACUGCCCAACAUCGAGAAGAAGCUGACAGAGUGCAGUGAUGACAUCACCGAGCUGUUCAACAUGCUCAUGACGCUGGAGAUGCAGCUGGUGGAGCAACUGGAGGAGACUAUAAACAUAUUUGAAAGAAACAUCACUGACUUGGUGGGACUGUUUAUUGAAAAUGUCCAAAGUCUGAUGGCUCAGUGCCGGGAUUUGGAGAACCAUCACCACGAGAAGCUCCUGGAGAUCGCCAUCAACACCCUGGAGAAGAUCCUCAAGGGCGAGAUGGAUGAGGACUUGACAGAUGAUGUGCGGGCGCUCUUUGUUGACAAAGACACAAUUGUUAAUGCUGUCGGGGCAUCGCAUGACAUUCACCUCCUGAAGAUUGACAACCGAGAAGACGAGCUGGUGACUGGAAUCAACUCUUGGUGUGCACAUCUAUUAGACAAGAUUCACAAAGAUGAGAUCAUGAGGAACCGCAAGCGAGUGAAGGAGAUCAAUCAAUACAUCGACCACAUGCAGAGCGAGCUGGACAACCUGGAAUGUGGUGACAUUAUAGACUAGGUGUCAGCCAGAGAUCCCCUGAUGGACCCAAGCCCCUGAGAGUUCACACCUACCCCAACACCC